ACGUAGUAUUUAAAAACUCUGACAUUCAUUUUUUAAUUCAUGUGAGUGAUGGUCACCAUGAAGUUGAUUGUAUUAUUACUAUUAUGUUGCCUACUCUCUUCAAGUUCGGCAGACGACACAGUGGUAACCAAACGGCGUUUUCCGAAAAACUUCAAACUUGGAGUGGCCAACGCCGCUCCCCAAAUUGAGGGAGCAUGGGACACGGAUGGUAAAGGAGAAACAAUAUGGGAUCACUUCGCUCGUACUCGACCAGAGAUGAUAAGUGACAGAUCCACACCAGCGGUAGCUUGUGACUCCUACCACAAAUACAAGGAAGACGUAGCCUUGGUGAAAAAUAUGGGCCUAGACGUCUACCGCCUAUCUAUCGCUUGGUCAAGAGUCCUACCAACUGGCAAGAUCGACAGUGUCAACCAGCUAGGAGUUCAGUAUUACAAAAAAUUGUUGAAAGAACUGAAAGACAAUAAUGUCCAAGCCAUGGUUACUCUGUACCAUUGGGACUUGCCUCAACCACUCCAAGACGAAUAUGGAGGUUGGCUCAAUGAAACUGUCGUGGAUCUGUUCGUAGACUAUGCUAAACUGUGCUUCGAAUUGUUUGGAGAUGAUGUUCAAUGGUGGGUUACUAUCAACGAGCCAAAACAGGUUUGCAAUGCUGGAUAUGGCGAUGGAAGGUUCGCUCCAGGAAUUGUGUCGAGAGGAAUUGGAGAAUAUGUUUGCAAUAAAAAUGUCAUUUUAGCCCAUGCGAAAGCUUACCGGAUUUAUGAUGAACAGUACAGGUCUAAACAAGGAGGUAAAGUUUCCAUGGUUAUUGAUACCCUGUGGUUCGAACCUUCAAGUGACAAUCCUGGAGAUAUAGAUGCUUCAGAAAGACUUCUGCAAUUUGGGUUCGGUAUGUUUGGAAAUCCGAUUUUCCUUGGAGACUGGCCAAAACUUGUCAAAGAUCGUGUGGCCAUGCGUAGCAAAUUGGAAGGUUUCGCAGUUUCCCGUCUUCCGGAAUUCACUCAAGAAGAAAUCAAGCUGAUCAAAGGAACGUACGACUACUUGGGCCUUAACCAUUACGCUACUCACAUGGCAUCUGCGGCACAAGAAGCGCCGAUUGGUGAACCAAGCUUUGGAGCUGAUAUAAGCACCUAUGAAUGGUCCAAACCUGAGUGGACUAAAGGUGCUGGUGACUGGUUUUCGGUUGUUCCAUGGGGACUUAGGAAACUUCUUGUAUGGCUGAAGAAAAACUACGGUGAUGUAGAAAUUGUCAUAACAGAAAACGGUUUGUCCGACACCACUGGUACUCUCGAAGAUGAUCACAGAGUUGACUAUUUCAGGGAUUACAUCAGCAAUUGUUUGGAUGCCAUAUACGAAGAUAACGUUAACCUUACCACUUACAUAGCGUGGAGUAUCAUAGAUGAUUGGGAAUGGACAGGAGGAUACGGAUCAUUUUUAGGGAUGUACAAAGUUGACUUCAACGAUCCUGAGAGGCCAAGAAUUAAAAGGAAGUCUGCAGAUUACUUCACACAAAUUGUGAAAAAUCGAUGCCUGGUGGAUGUUAAAGACUGUACGGAUUGAGAUGUAGAAAAUAAAUAUUGAAGCAUC